AUAUAGACAUUUUGAAGUUUCUUUUUUUAUGAGCAUGAACAACAAGCAAACGACAAAGCUAGACGAAGAGCAACUCGCAGAACUACGAGAGAUCUUUCAAUCAUACGAUAGGAACAAAGAUGGUAGCCUAACACAAUUGGAACUCGGUUCACUUUUGCGGUCAUUAGGGCUAAAUCCAAGCUCGGACCAGGUGGAAGCCUUGAUAGAAAAGGCAGAUGCAAACAACAAUGGGCUGGUGGAGUUCCCGGAGUUCGUGACGAUAGUAGCGCCGGAGCUUAUGUUGGAGGAGAAAUCACCCUACAGCGAGGAGCAACUGAAGCUGUUGUUUAAGUUGUUUGAUAGUGAUGGCAAUGGCUUCAUCACAGCGGCUGAGUUGGCUCAGUCUAUGGAGAAGCUCGGACUUUCAUUCACGGUGGAAGAGUUGACGGAUAUGAUCAUGGAAGCCGAUACUGACGGCGACGGAAAGAUCAGUUUUGAAGAAUUCUCUUAUGCAAUUACUUCUGCUUCUUUUGAUAAUUCUUAG